GCCUGUUGUUUUUAUGUCUAAUACCGUUCGAGGAAUUUCAAAGAAACAUACGAAAGCAAAGCGAUCAGUCAACCGCCGCAGUACAUCAGUGGUUUUCACAUCUGACGAUGAAAACAUUUUAGUUGCAGACAAGAGUGGCGAUGUCUUCAAGUACUCAGUGACUGAACCAAGCUCUGAGGGUCAACUAUUAAUGGGUCAUCUUUCAAUGUUACUCGAUAUGAAGCUGACUGCUGAUGAUAAAUAUCUCGUAACUUGUGACAGAGAUGAAAAGAUACGUGUUUCUCACUUCCCAAAUGCUUACAACAUUUAUUCCUAUUGUCUUGGCCAUACUGACUUUGUUACCCAUUUGGCCUACAUUCCUGGUACUGAAGCCAUUAUAUCUGCAAGUGGUGAUGGCACCAUAAGAUGUUGGAACCUAAAAGGAGAAGCAUUACAUUGUUUGUCUCAUGGUAUACAAGCCAAAACCGAGGCUGAAGAGCCGCCGCUGCAACAGACAAAACCAUCUGACUGCCUGGCCAUCAUUCGAUGCUUUGCAUACAACCCUCAUUCUGGAGCACUUGCUGUCACAUUUGACAGUUCUCCAGUUCUUCAGGUGUACAAAGUCACCAAUGAGGAAAAGACACUUUGCAUUAACCUUCAUGAUGACCAUAACCUACCCUGUGUUCCUUGGGACAUCCAGUUUGGACCAGAUUCUUCUCUUUGGAUUCUGCUUCCAUUGCAAGAGAAACCUGUAGCUCUCUUCACCUAUCUUCCUGAAGCUGGUGAUGCUGAUACAUUCAAGAUAAAAGAAUUGGAAGUCAGUUCUCUGUCAAAGGAAGUUCUUCAGAUUCAGAAAACUCUCUCUGAAGACUGGGAUUUCUUUAAAGAGUCUCUUGAUGUUCCGUGUUGGACUAAAGCCUUAGCAAAAAGCCGAGUUGAUAAUACGCUUGAUUACCUGAAGCGGAAAGAGCAGCAGAUGAAAAAGAAACAGCAACCAAAGCCAAGCCAAUCAGAGGGGAAACUGUCUGAAGACUCUGCAAAGGAACCAUCAGCUAAAGUAGCCAAAAUGGAAUAAGCAACAGAGUUCUUAGAUAUUACCAGUAUGUUUGGUACAGGUGAAAGAGCUUUUGGUCACACAGAGAACUUUCAUGUCUAAUCAUGCAUUUAUUUUCCACUUUUAUUUUGUACUUUUUCUAUCUUUAGUUUCAAUCCAAACAUAACAAGGAAUAACUAUGUUUGGCCCUUUUUCUUUUUCCUUAUUUUCCAUUUAACUUUGCUCUGAUUCCCAUUUCCUGUUCAACAUUUUAUUGUAUUUGACUAAUAAAAGUUGGGUUCUGAUUCUGUCU